AUGCUUCGAUGGUUUGCCACUAGCCCCGGUGCCAGUCGUGGAUUGCCCUCGCGACGGAGAAGCAUCGCUCGCAGACUGCCGGAGCGCACAGCCCGGCGAGCUGUGCUUGGGUGGAGUCGCCUGCAACACGAGAGACGACAUCAACAACUGCUACGACAGUUUGUACACCCACCCGCCCACGUUGGACGUCUACCGGAAGGCAAACGGCACAACAAGAACUACGACGCUCACAACCCUGACAACCCGAACCAGCACGACAAGAACAACCAUGACUCGAACAGCACCAAGUUUCCUGGAGGUUGCUGUUCCUCAAGACUUGGCACCUCCUUGCCAGAGGUGUGGUCUGUGUCCGGGCCAUGCACAGUCAAUGGAGAUUGCGUGGAAAGUCCGAACUAUCCAGCUGCAGACUGGACCAUGAAGUUGUGCAAGAUCUCGCUGCCAAGAGCGCACGUGUUCCAUGUGCGGGAAUUCCGUGCCGGCAACGGGUUUCUAAGGCUCGACGACAGCGGCUACUCAGGUCAGGAUCUUGCUGUUGGCAGCUCUGUUGCUGUGCAGUCUUCCAUUGAUUGGGAGCCGAGUGGUCACUACGAUGCAGCUUGGAGGCUGUGCCUGUCAGAAGCAGGAUCGAAUCCGGGAUCGAAUCCGGGAUCCACGCAUGACGGACUGCCAAUGGCACUGAUCAUUUGCGUCACCGUGCUUUCCACGGCAGCACUGCUGGUGCCCCCAUUGUGCUGCAUUGCGCGUGCCCGCAAGGCGGACAAGGAGGAGACAGCAGGGGUGGAGGCCGUGGAUCAGCCCACGCCAAGCCAAGAGGGCUUCCCUGGCAGUGGUAAUCCCGAAGCGGGGCCGAUUCCACGAGAGCAGCUGGACGAUGCGAUGAGGGCUGUCGUGGCAUCAGCUGCCUUUGAUGCGUUGGACCUGAACGGUGAUGGCACCAUUUCAAGGACCGAGUUCGCGGCACACUGUGCAGCAAAGGGGGUGGCGCCAGCCACUGCGGCGGCUGCCUUUGCAACGCUGGAUCUAGAUGCCGAUGGCAUCAUCACCCAGCAGGAGUUUGCUUGCCACGUGCUCCAGUCAGGGCUGGCCCACCCGCACAUUGAAUGCCAGGGCACUUGGUUGAUGGACUUGCCAAGCGGCCGUCGGACAACAGGCACCGUGGCUGGAGCGCAGGUUUCGUGCUCAGGUGAGGCAUUCGUGCUGCAAGGGGAUCAAGACAGGACUUUCUUCCAGUUGCAAGAUGGUGUCUUCCAGGAGCUGACCGCUGCUGAUGACAAUGCGCUUGUGUGGAGAACUUGUGGCGCGUGGCCCCAAACCCUGCGAUGGACUCGUAUACCGUCUUGCCCUAAAGCACAGGGCUGUGCGGACGUGCAGGUGCUCAGCACAAGCACAGGUUACGAGUGCAGCGGGUGCGGACAGGAGCAGCUCACUAGGUCGUGCUGGUUUUGCCCCUCGCACGACGCGUUUCUCUGUCCGGAGUGCGCGCCCGUUCCCACGGAUGCCGUCCUAGGCAUCUCGGCAGCUUGGGUCAUCGACACCUUCCCAGGGCUCGCGCGAAAAGCGACCGGAAUGGCGAAUCCCAACUUUCACGAAAUCUGUCCAGCGGUUGCCAUGGGGCCGCAGGGGCUCGGCUUCGGCAAGGCUUGCCCGAGAGAUGGCCGACCCGGAUGCAGCGUCGUUGAUGCGGUGGACGACAAGUACAGGGGCCGGGCCACUCAUUUCGUGUCCUGGUGCUGGACGUACUCCCUGGACGACUUCGUGAGUGCGCUGCAGUCAUGGGUUGCGAAGGAGCAGCUGAAUGCCGGCGAGGUCUACUUGUGGGUGUGCUUCUUCUGCAACAACCAGUACCGCAUGCUCGAAUCCGGCACGCAGACCGGCUCGGAUGAGCUCAAGGCCGUCUUCGAGAGUCACCUGGGCGAAGCGGGUCGCAUGCUUCUGAUGUUGGACAGCUUCGUCGACCCCAAGUAUAUCACGAGGGCAUGGUGCAUCUUCGAAAGCUUUGUGUGCAUCGACAAGAAGUUUGCCAUGACCAUCAUCUUGCCAGAGAGCUCUGGGGCGAAGUUCAAGCAGACGCUGGACAGUGCAGGCGGCUUCAGCAAACUGCAGGAGGCUUUUGAGGCCAUGGACGUCAGGUAUGCGGAGGCGUCCAGCAAAGCUGAUGAGGACAAAGCUGAUCCUUACAACCACGGGCUUCGACAUGGUGAAUGGCGCCGUCAAGAACCGCCUGCUGAAAUGGCUCACGGACGUGUUCCGGAAGCAUCUGCUGAGCCAGGCGGCGAAGUGACACACUUACCCAAGAUUGCCUUCGCUCCUCCGCGGAUUCAUUGUCUAGGACCCAGAGUAGGCCCUUAUUCCCUUAGUUUGGGUUAG